AUGGCUAAACGGAAAGCCACCACCACACAUCGAGCAUCUGAUAAACCGACGGCAGCUCAUGGGAACAAGAAAGUCAAGACUAACAGCGAGGUCGCUUCGAGGGAGAUCCUCCCCCGACCUUCCGUCUCGAGCGACGUUGCUGGCUCCGACGACGAUCAGGACGACGAUGAAGACGAGAACGACGACCAAGACAUUGACUCGGAAGACUAUGACGAACAAGACGAUGAAGUGAACGAGUUUGAACUAGAACAACAACUCGCCAACCGUCGCCGCGCUACACAACCCGAUGAGGAAGACGAGGAAGACGAGGAAGACGACGAGGAUAACGACGACGACGAUAUGAUGAAUGAUGAUGCUCAGGAUCUAUAUGCCGAUCUCGACAAGGCGCCGCUUGAUGAUGAUUCUGAAGACGAUCCUGAUGACGAUGAGGACGACGGCGACGAGGACGGCGAAGGAUGGAGCACGGUCCCGACCUCCUUGGCAACUACUUCCGCUCCAGCAACGACUCGGAAAGCUCGCAACUCCAAAGGCCCCAAAGCACUCACCGCAUCCGAACUGCGCGCUCUCGCUUUUGCCGAAUUGACCGCAUCACCCAUCUCGAACCUCAUCUCGACCCAAGUCAGUUCGGUCCUCGCAACUCUCACCCCACCUGCCGCUCCGACUUCGCCUUUGCAGCCACUGCUCAAGUCACUCCACUCACACUUUGUCGCCCUGACGUCCAAGAAACCUGCCAGUCUCGAGAGCCUCAAGCGACGAGGGUGGAACAUUCCACCAGUCGAAGGCGUGGACGGCAAGUGGGGCAAAAUCGAUCUUGCUUGGGCACCACCGAGAGCUGAGGAUGUGCGCAUCGUGGGGAGCUGGGCCUGGGGUGGAGCAUCCAAGGUCGGUGGCGAAUAUGUCGUCGAGCUGGCUGUGGGGAUUCCCGAGGUGAGUAAUAACUCUCCUUUUGCCAGCUCCGCCGAGCUGACAACGGGGUGUUUGUCGCAGACUUUGAUGGAACCUCGCGACUAUCUCUCGCCACGUUUCGUCGUCAAGUCAAGCCACUACCUCGUCGUGCUCGCGAGCUCUCUUCCCGAGUCUCUUGGGCCGAUCAGUUGUUCCUACGUUCCGCUGGGCGGUGCACAGGGCUACGCGCUCGAACUUAGGUCCGCCCACGUCAAGGGGACGGAGAGGAGGGGCCUGUCGACUGUUCGAGGCGCAGUGCUGCGUAUCCGAAUCGUCUGGCCCGGCGAGGCCAUCGCGCACUCGAAGCUUUCGCCGACCAGCAACGUCGUUCGACCCGCUACUGCGGAUGCACCCGAAUCAUCGAGCUCGACAAUCAUCUUCCCCGCCACGCCCCUGCACACGACAGCUCUCCACCUCUCCUCCCUAUCCGUCUUGACCGCCCAUCUCAAGUACCACCACGCGCUGGCGAGCUCUCACUCGUCGUACCCCUCCGCGGUCCGGCUCCUCCAGGCAUGGGCGCAGAAAAGAUCCUACGGCACAUCGCUCGGAUUCGCCUCUGAGUUUUGGGCAUGGUGUGUCGCUCGAACGCUCGGUUGGGGAAGCACAAGACGAGCAACCGACCCGUCGACCCUGUCGACAGGCGGCGACGCCUGGGCGAUGUGGCGCAAAGUCAUGGAAUGGCUCGCCGGUAUCAACUGGAUUGAUGGGAUCUGGUUCAGGGCCGAAGGUGAUGCAUCAUACGACAAGGAGCAAUGGAGGAAUGCUUUCAAAGGGAGGGCAUUGUUCAUCGACCCGACGGGGACGGUGAACCUCGCUGCUGGAAUCGAGUUGUCGAUGCUGGAGAUGGCGAGUCUCCAGCGCAGAGGCUGAUCUAUGUGCUACGAUUCCGUCUGCUGAUAAUACAUCUCUUUUGAUCGAUCAGCUCAAGCAAGACGCCAAAACGACAAUAUCGCUCUUGCUGGCCCCCGGCGAGGACGAGAAAAAGUUCGACGCGGCCUUCGUUCGACCGAUACGGCCUGUGGCGCGCUUCGACAAUUUGGCUCGGAUCGUCGUUCCAUCGUCGAGGCUGGCCAAGCCCGAUGAUGCGGAUGCCCUCGAUCACGUAGAUGGCCUGUCAUAUUUGGUCACGUCGAUCUCGGCCACGCUUUCGCGAGCGCUGGGGAACAGGGCCAAGGCGUUCCAGCUGAUGCGGACAGCACCGAGUACGAUACCCGUCAAGGGAGGGACAAGCUCCCCCAAGACCGUUUCGCUUGACUUGGGUAUCCUCCUCGAUGCUACCGAGUCGGGUCGUCUCGUCGACCAAGGGCCUUCGGCAGAAGACGAGGCCGGCUGUGCAGAAUUCGCGGCCUUCUGGGGCCCCAAAGCCGAAUUGCGCCGCUUCAAGGACGGUGCGAUCGUCGAGUCCGUCGUGUGGGACGAACCGAGCAAGCAAGGUCUGGGCUCUCAACGCAACAAGGUCGUCAGUCGCAUCAUCGAAUACAUCGUGCGACACCGUCAUGGCCUGGAAGCCAAAGUUUUCGCGGGGCCGAUGGACCAUCUGCUGGUUGAGCCAGAGGCGUUGCGCAGGGCACUCUACCUCGAAGACGCGGUCGCGACGGGAAAAGGCUUUUCCAGUUUGAUUGGCGCAUUCGAUGACUUGUCCAAGGAACUCAAAGAGUUGCCCGAGCUACCGCUCGGAAUCGCAUCGGUGCAGCCGUCCUCGCCGGGCUUGCGCUACUCGUCGGUCUUUGUCCCUUCCUCUCGCCGACUCAAAGACUUUGAGCAAACGCCAGCCUCGACGCGCUACAUCGAGCUUCACGAUAUCCACCUGACUCUCGAGAGCUCUGGUCGAUGGCCCGAUGACCUCGAAGGGAUCCAAAAGAUCAAAGCUGCGUUCUUGACCAAGAUCGGCGAACAACUCGAACAGACGCGUGCGGUGCUCACGACGAACGUCGUAUUCGAUACUGGUGCUCGACCCAUGGACGACAAUGUUUCGCUCGAAAUACUCACCGCCGCGGGAUAUGCUUUCAGAGCUCGGAUACACUACGAUCGAUCGUUGCUGCUAUUGAAGGAACGUCAGGCCAAGAUGGGUGAUUUGUCGAUCAAGGAACCCUUGCUCCUCGCGUACGAGGAUCGGUUCGUCCAUUCGCCACGACACCACGCUGCCAUCUCGACACUACAGCACCAUUUUCCUUCCUACUCACCGACGGUACGUCUCGUCAAGCGAUGGUGCUCGGCCCACCUCUUGUCGCAUUACAUCGCACCCGAGCUACUCGAGUUGCUUUCCGCGAGCGUCUUCAUCGAUGCUGCGUCUCCCUUUGAAGCCCCGCAAAGCUCGUCCGCGGGUUUUGCAAGGGUCAUGACCCUUCUUUCGGAAUGGAAAUGGAAAGACGAGCCCCUCUGCGUCCCUUUAUACACCUUUCAACUCGCAACGACGUCGCAACGAAGACCGUACUUCCCUCCCGCUGAAGCCGUCAAAGUCAAAGCGCUUUUUGAAGCGAACCGAGUCAUCGAUCUAGGCAGGGACGAGCAUGCGUGGGUUAUCGCGACGGAGGAGGAUCUGACGGGCAAGGUCUGGGGUCAGGGUAUGGGUAAACUUGUUGCGGCGAGAGUCAAGGGUCUGGCCAAGGCGACGCUGCAGACGAUGCAUGAGGGUGUGCUGAACGAUGUGCUCAUCGUCGAGGUCAGUGAGACGGACGCGGCGAUGUGAGCAUAGGAACGAAUGCUGACCCCCAGCACCCGCUCGUAUCCGCAGACGCUUUUCCUCCCGCCCUUGCAAGACUACGACUUCUUGCUCCAUAUCGACUCGUCAGUCAACCCGCGGCAUUUUCAAUCGAUCGCACCUGAGGCCAAGGCCUUGUCGUGGUCUAAGGCAAAGGGCUCGAUCCUCGCGGGAUCAGUCAUGAGCCAUGUUAACGAUGAGGACGAAGAUGAUUCGACGAUCCGACUUGGUUUUGACCCUGUCACUGAUUUCGUUCGGGAACUCGAGGUGAGUCGCGCAACGGGACAACCCGUCAGAACAUUUUGGUCCUGACGAAUACGAUGUUUUCCCAGUUUGAUUUCCCCGGCAUCUUCAAGCUAUUUCACUCCCCUUCCGAAUCAGCAAUCGGAGGGAUCUGGAACCCUUCCAUCGUCGCACCCAAAACUUUCAAAGUCGGCCUCGGCGUACCUCUCAAACCUCUCGUGAUCAAGGAUGGGUCCGAUACAUCCAAGCCCAAGGUCGAGUUGGACAAGGCGAAUAUGCUGAGGCAGAUUGAACGACUUGGGAGGGGCUUGCUUACCAAGGUCGAGAUGGUGAAGGCAUGA